AUGGUGCACUGUGCCGGCUGCAAAAGGCCCAUCCUGGACCGCUUCCUUUUGAACGUGCUGGACAGGGCCUGGCACGUCAAGUGCGUCCAGUGCUGUGAAUGUAAAUGCAACCUGACCGAGAAGUGCUUCUCCCGGGAAGGCAAGCUCUACUGCAAGAACGACUUUUUCCGCUUCGGAUCAGAGGUCAGCGUGGCCGCGGCAGCCGCGCCAGGAGCUGUCUCUGGAGAGGACAGCCAAGUCCCGCAGGCUCCCUUCUCUUCGCCAGCUGGCGCGCUGGGGGCUCAAGACGCGGCCCUGCUUGCAUCCUGGAAACGGUGGGUCCAGGUGGGCCCCCGAGGCCGGGCUUUCGCCAAGCGCGGAGGAUUGCCUAGAGCAGGCUCAGCCCGGCUGUGGCUUGCUGCAAGCGCCAAGCUAUACGGCUUUGGGCACCAAGGUUUGAACGUGGCGGCAGCCCAGCUGCGCCCACCCGGGCUCUCGGUGUCUGUAAUUGAACUGUCCUCCGAAUCUAAUCGGAAAGUCUGGUUCCAGAACCGGCGCUCCAAAGAACGGAGGAUGAAGCAGUUGAGCGCAUUGGGCGCACGGCGCCACGCCUUCUUCCGCAGUCCGCGGCGUAUGCGGCCGCUCGUAGACCGCCUGGAGCCGGGCGAGCUCAUCCCCAACGGGCCCUUCUCCUUCUACGGAGAUUAUCAGAGCGAGUACUACGGUCCCGGGGGCAACUACGACUUCUUCCCGCAAGGCCCUCCAUCCUCGCAGGCCCAGACGCCGGUGGACCUGCCCUUCGUGCCGUCGUCCGGGCCGUCCGGGACGCCGCUGGGCGGCCUGGAGCAUCCGCUGCCCGGCCACCACCCGUCGAGCGAGGCUCAGCGGUUCACCGACAUCCUGGCGCAUCCCCCCGGGGACUCUCCCAGCCCCGAACCCAGCCUGCCCGGGCCCCUGCACUCCAUGUCGGCCGAGGUCUUCGGGCCCAGCCCGCCCUUCUCGUCACUGUCGGUCAACGGCGGGGCGAGUUACGGGAACCACUUGUCCCACCCCCCAGAAAUGAACGAGGCGGCCGUGUGGUAG